UUUGCCAAAUUCAUCCACCUAAAAAGAAGAAUGUUUCCUUAACCCUCCCAUUGCAAGUUUGUGUGAGCAACAUAUCUAUUGGUGAUUUUUUUUGGUUGUUAGUGGAGGGAAUUAUGGAUCCCAAAUUAUCUGGAUUGAGCCGUUGAAAACACUGUCUGAGGUGAUUUUUUUUGUUUCAGCCCUUCUGGUUAGCCUCUGCAAUGAUGGCUGGGAUUGAAUGAUGAAAUAUGGAGGUCUUCCUGAUGCAACUACUUGGUAAUGGUAGUUCAGAAGCAAUAAACAUCAGUCUGAUAUAUGUAGUGGGCUGUCCCUCCAAAGAUGCUGCAAUGAGUUUGGAAGAGAGUCUGGUUCUCAAGAUGAGUGCAAUGAGUGUUGGAUGACUUGUGCUGGAAAUGAUUCAGAAUUUUUUUGUGGCUCCUGAAGAUUGUAAUCCUUUGGAUACAAAGUGUUUCCAUUUUGCCUAUCCACAUUUCUGUUAUAGUUGGUGAUACAUAUGUCCCCAUGCAUGAAUUUCUUAAAGAGUUCAAGCCUAGUUUUGCUUAUAUCAACACAUGCUGUUGGGUUUUAUGUGGGAGCAACUAAAACCAAGCUUAUAUGCAUUCAACCAGUUUAUAGUGUUCCUGCUUUUUGCCUUGUCAUUGUUCAUGAAUCUAAUCAUGAGGUGACUUGAAAUCUAUCGUCACUUUUUUUCAAAUAUUGCAGUCCGUGCUUCCAUAAUUUUCACAUCUUUCUAAAGUAGAAAAAGUAUUUGAUAGUUCUUCUUUUAUUAAUAGUCUGGAUUUUGUAUUCUGAAAAUUAUAAUUUUACUUCAGGAGAUGGUGUUUUUUGUGUUAAUGUGAAUAUCUACAAAGAUUUAAUGGAAUGACAAGUUGUUGCUCAUUGCAAGUGUAAUUGGCUGACAUUCCGUAGUUUUAUGCAGGAGGUCAGACUAAAUCAUCUAAUAUAGGUCCCUUUGGGCAUUAAUAUCUAUGAAAAUUACAAAUGAUAUAUAUAGUAUUUAGUCUUGGGUAUAAAUGUGCUUGUGUUACAGAGGGCUACUGUUCAGUUUCUUUGCAUAUUUCUGAAAUAGCCCUCUAUUUAAAACUUUUCCAGGCUGAAUUUCUCCUGGAUGUUGUAUAGGAUUUACCCACUUAAAGAUUCUGGCUUAUUUCACAGUAGUGGUAGAUCUGGCACAGCUAAAGUUGUGUUACAGAUUUCAGUUUAAAUGAGGUCUUAAGCCUUUAUUUUGUCUUUAAAAAAAAAAAAAAAAAAAAAAAGCAAAAUAAACCUUCACCCAAGUGGCAAAAAUUAAUAUAUACUAUAUAUAAACUUAGAAUACUAUUGAAAGCUUUCUGUAGUUUGAUGGAAAAUGAAUUAUAGAGAUGAGGCUCCCUCCUCUACCAUUUUUUUGAACUGGACUUGUGUAGCUUUUAUUGGACCUCUGUAGCAGAAAGUCUAAAAUGCUCUGGUAUUUUACAGUUAUUCAGCCACAAUGACAAAUUCAUGUGAAAUUGUGAACCAGGCAAACUUUAAUUAGACAACAAAUGUGCUAUCACGUGAGCAUUGUCUCUCUUGCAAGUGGUAAUAAAAACACAAGGUCAAGGAGGAAGCGGGGGAAGAGAGGAAGAGUCUUGAUUACCUACUCCUCUGCUGUCCAACAAGACUAAGGGGUUCAAAUUUUGCCUCUAAGUGUUAUUUUAAUUAACAUGCAACUCACUACCCUUAUUGUUGAGGGAAGAGUUACUAGAAACAACCCUACUUGCCUUCGCACCUUCUGCCCCUCCCCCCACCUCCCAGUUAAAAGUAAAAAAAUUAGAGUUUAGUAGAAAGCUUUUGCAAAGUCACAUCACAGUAGGAACAGAGCCCUUUAAUAUGACAGACCUACUUUUUUUUUUUUUUUACACUUCUUCCUGUUGAAUGUCAGUGCCUAAAUCUGUUUUGAUCACCUUCUAAUCUUUGCCAGAGCUGUGGACAGGAUCCAGGUUUUCUGCCCCCCCCCCUUGCUACAACGGACUAGCAAUUAGCUGUUCAGGCCACUAUGAAAGUAUGUGAAACCCUCUUCCUUUGACUGGUCUAGAAAAGAAGUAGCAAUUACUUCUGCAGCUCAAAUAGCUAGGCCUAAGCUAAGGAUAAUAAUGUUGAGACAUUUAACCCCUGUCCCUGUUGUUUGUCUAGAAUGGUAUAGUUGUACUUGUUUUGCAAAUGAAAAGAUUGAUCACUGUACUUAAACCAAUUUACAGACUAACAGUUUUUAUGUGUUCAGCCAAAAUGUAUCUGUCAUGUUAUUCAUGUCUGUCAUAUUUUGCUUAUGUAACCCACAAGCAUGUGUGAGAGAGAGAAAUGCCAUCCCAUCUAUGCCUCAUCCAUAAAGGACAUGGGUCUAUGAUAGCUUUUAGUUAGUCUGGUUCUUUAGCACAGGCAGUGAAAAUGUUGUGCUUUUUAUCUUUGGAAGUUGUUGGUCCAGGCCCUGAUUUUGUCUAAGAUAACUGCUAUGAGCCUUAAAGAAUACCUAGAAGGUUCCUAUGGCUGAUAGGUAAUGUCCUCAAGUGAGCAUGGGUGGGGUUUUUUUGUACUUACUUUUGGUAACUUUUAAAUAAGGGUAAAAUGCUGUGCACAAAGAAAUAGAGGCAUGUUAUAGCCUCUUCUCCUGCAGAAAGAUUGACAUAGACAGGAACAGCUUCAACAUUCCAGUUUCUUUCUCUGAUUCCCAGGCAGGUGGAGCCCCACUUCUCCCUGAAUUUGGACAUCUACCCAUGGAGGUAGAGAAAAUUGUUGACAAGAGAAAAAACAAGAAGGGAAAAACGGAAUAUUUAGUACGAUGGAAAGGAUACGACAGCGAAGAUGACACCUGGGAACCAGAACAGCACCUUGUAAAUUGUGAGGAAUAUAUACAUGAAUUUAAUAGACGCCACAACGAAAAGCAAAAGGAAAGCACAUUAACCCGGACAAAUAGGACCUCUCCUAAUAAUGCCAGAAAACAAAUAUCUAGGUCUACCAAUAGUUCUUUUUCAAAGACAUCUCCUAAAUCUUUAGUGAUUGGUAAAGACCAUGAGUCAAAAAAUAAUCAAUUGUUCACUGCCACACAGAAGUUUCGGAAAAACAAUUCACCAUCUCUUUCUGGCAGGAAAAAUAUGGACCUUGCAAAAUCAGGUAUCAAAAUCCUUGUGCCCAAAAGUCCCAUUAAGAGCAGGACGGCAGUUGAUGGCUUUCAGAACGACAGCCCUGAUAAAUUGGACCACAUAGAACAGGAUCAAGAAGACUCUGUAGCACCAGAAGUAGCAGCAGAAAAACCAGUGGGAGCUUUAUUAGGACCUGGUGCAGAGCGUGCUAGGAUGGGGAGCCGGCCAAGGAUACAUCCAUUAGUGCCACAGCUACCAGUGCCAGUAACAGCCACAAUUGCAUCAGCAUUAACAAUAAAUGGAAAAGCAUCUCCCUGUAUUCUUCCCAGUGUUCUUUACUUCCUAUUUUCUUGUACAUCCACUUUUAUGGAAGCAUUAGCAGCCAAUGGUACCACCAACCUCCAAACAUCUGUAACAGGAGUGACAGCCAGCAAACGAAGAUUUAUUGAUGAUAGGAGAGACCAGCCUUUUGAUAAGAGGCUACGCUUCAGUGUGAGACAAACAGAAAGUGCUUACCGGUACAGAGACAUUGUUGUCAGGAAACAAGAUGGAUUCACACACAUUUUGCUAUCAACAAAAUCAUCUGAGAACAAUUCACUAAAUCCAGAGGUUAUGAAGGAAGUCCAAAGUGCACUGAGUACAGCAGCUGCAGAUGACAGUAAACUUGUGCUGUUCAGUGCAGUUGGUAGUGUCUUCUGCUGUGGUCUUGAUUUUAUUUAUUUUAUACGGCGUUUAACAGAUGAUAGAAAAAGGGAAAGCACUAAGAUGGCAGAAGCUAUUCGGAAUUUUGUGAAUACUUUUAUCCAGUUUAAGAAACCCAUUAUUGUAGCAGUAAAUGGCCCAGCCAUUGGACUUGGAGCAUCCAUACUGCCUCUCUGUGAUGUGGUUUGGGCUAAUGAGAAGGCUUGGUUUCAGACACCAUACACUACUUUCGGACAGAGUCCGGAUGGAUGUUCAUCCCUCACAUUCCCUAGGAUAAUGGGCUUGGCUUCUGCAAAUGAAAUGUUGUUCAGUGGAAGGAAGCUGACUGCACAGGAAGCUUGUGCAAAAGGACUAGUCUCUCAAGUGUUUUGGCCAGGGACAUUUACACAGGAAGUCAUGGUUCGAAUUAAGGAACUCGUCACAUGUAAUUCAGUUGUACUUGAAGAAUCCAAAGCUUUAGUCCGUAAUGUCAUGAAGGUGGACUUAGAACAAGCAAAUGAAAAGGAGUGUGAAGUUUUAAAGAAAAUCUGGGGCUCUGCACAAGGGAUGGACUCUAUGUUAAAAUACCUGCAGAGGAAAAUUGAUGAGUUCUGAUGAAAUGCACAUUGACACUGGAAUUUGUAUUUGCUUGGACAGCUAAGGGCACAAAGAGGCCCAAAUUAAUUUUGAAAACCUAAUAUAAACUCACCCAUAGCUCAGAGCUUGGGAAUAGGAUUAGAAAAACCCCACACUUUUUAUUGAUGGGGGUUUUAAAGUACUGUAUCUUAAAAAAAAUGAACAAAAUUCCUUUCUCCCUAUAUAUAUAUAUAUAUCUUUAUAUACACAAACUAAAAUUAUAAUGGAGUGCACUACCAAACAUCUCUUUGAUGCUCUAGUUUUUUGUUAUCAUUGGCUAGUACUGUAUCAAAAAUGGGGAAAAAGUGAAAUAUGUUGCAUUAUUUUGUAUGUGGCAGGGAAGUCUGGAAUAAUGAUUUUUCAUUAGAAUGCAGAAUCAAAACGGGUAUUAGCCAGCCCUUACUUUCACUGCCCAACCAGUUAGUUAAGACAUAAGGCAUUGUCUCAGAAAAAGGUUGAAAUACCUCAAAUAAUGAAACAUUCUAAAUAAUUUUUGUUUGAGAAUUAAAACCUAUAAUGAAAGAUUUAUUCACCUACAUGUCCCGAAAAAAUGAGUGUGCUCAGGAUUUAUGCUAAGAAAACACUCUGUCCUUUUUGGGAGGGAACAUGUCUAAUUCUUACCCAGAUAGCAUGAAGAAACCACUGUCUCUUACGGGGUGGGGGAGGAGAAAAAAAGCUUGUUUUGCAGUAUUAGUGAAUCACUGAAUAUCUUAUGUAUGAAUAUCCUAAGUUAUAAGUUAGUUUUAGUGGGUUUUUAAAUAGUCUUUCUGAUUUUUUAUAACUACAUAAGUGCUUCUGUUGCUGGGUGAGAAUACUACUUUAUAUACAGUUUGUUUUUUUUUUUCCUAUUUGCUGGUUUAAUUGAUGUAUUACACCAAAAAUGCAUUUUAUGUUAAUAAAUUUUUAGGUUCACUUAGAAUAUAUUAUUUAAUAAGUUAAAAUUCUUUUGGCACACUAUUAAGUACAAAAAAACUCCUUUAAAGAACUACCUUAUAUUAGAUGUUUAAUGUUCUUUGUCUAUGCUUUUUUAUUAUUUUAAAUAUACACUAUAUAAACAGUAUGGUGUAAAAGAGUGCCCAGUGUAAAUAGACCUAUUUUGCAUUCCUUUCAGGAGUGGUUACUGAUUCCUGACUGCAGAUAUCUAUUAUUACUUGGGUAUCUGCACUUGCAAUCUUAUUGAAUGUAUUAUGAAGAAUGAAAAAAUAUCAAACCUUAUUUUUGUACAGUUUUGAAGUUUAUACUUGGAACUGACCACCUGCCCUUCCUAGUGGAGAGCUGUACAGUGUGUAAAUCUGCCUUUACCUUUGAUUGGUACAGUAUUUUUGCAUCUGUGGGACCUACUAUUUGUUCUAGUAGUUUGAACUAUAUAUAAACUGUACAAUCUGUAAAGUUUUUAUAGAAUAAAUAUUCAGCUGUGAAAACUGGUUAAAAUAAAACUAAUAUUUCUUAACACA